UUGAAUCCGUCUACCGGCCACCUACACUCACUGCCUGACCGCCCACCUUUCCCUAGAGGCUGGAGCCCACGGCCGGCGGCACCCCUCUUCGCCAACUCCAACAUCCAAUAUAGAAAAAUCCAUGGACUGGUUUGUAGUUACCCAUCAUUCAUAAAUUCCUGGAUCCGCCACCGUGCCCAGGAUUCCGAUGAUGAAGAAUUGUGCAGUGAAACCGGUUCCGGUUUCAAAUUGCAAUUCAGGAGUAUUGUCUUGAAGGCUUGUUGGAAAGAUGAUUUGGCGAUGGCUGAGAUUAUGAAUCACAAGGGUAAUUUGUUGAAAUCAAUGGGGAUUAAUCGUAAUGGCAAGAUAUAUCUCUCAAUUGAAGAGACUCUGUUUUUAGUGCAAAUAGGGGCGUUGCUUCUAGUUGAUGAUAAUAAUACAGAAAUGCCAUUAAGAGAGAUCCAUCCGAAAGUUGCACAAGAAAACUGUGGUUGCAGUUGGGAAGGUUUCAAGGUUUAUCAGCAUCUUAAGUCUCUUGGCUACAUUGUAGGGAGAUUUGGCAUUGCCUGGAGCCUGAAGAGCAUAAGGAGUUGCACAAUGCUUGUUGAGGAUCCUUCAGAGAAAGACAACACUGCGGAAAUUUUAGUGGCUGGGACUUCCUUUGCUCAGUCAAUGAAAGAUUUACGACUGAAUGAAGAAUGUCCUCUUUCUGAAGAUUAUCUUACAAACGUGCUCAAAAAGAAAAAAUCUGAAGAAUCAAAUUUCGUUGUCCAGUUACCUGUUUAUGAAGUUUAUCUUCCAAACAGCCAGUUCAAGAAGACAAGUCCUGGAGAUCCAAAUUUUGUUGUCUAUUCAACCAGUGGCCAUCCACCUUCGCUGUCUCAUAUCAAAGAACUGGAGAGACAAAGCAAUGGCAUUCCUCUGAAAAUUGGUCAUGUAGACGAUGGACGAGUCAGUUUGUUCUCCUUUGACAAAGUUGAGCUUCCUGCCUUACCAUGAGAUAUUUAUGUGGUGCUUCCGUCUUCGAGAUGAUAAAGAUGUAUUUGUAAUGCUAAUCAUAAGUAAAAAAGUAGGAAUGGUAAACAUCAUGUGCAUUAUUUUUGUGGUUAGAAAUAUUGGUACACAUAAGAUUGUUUUCCUAUUUUAGUUUGUAUUUUAGGGAGUAUUCUAGAAUCUUUCUACUAUUUAUUUAUGAAAAUCACUCUUUUUUGAGUCUUGUGGAGUUGGACUAGUUUUGAAUAACUGGAUUUGUGCAAGUGUACUCCAUUUGAAACUUUUCCAAAGCUACUGUUAUAAGAUGUGUUUAUUUAUUAUAA